AUGACUCCAGAUUCCUCCAAGCAAGAGAAUCAGCUACUCGAGGAAGAGCUGACCGAGAGGGCGACCAUACUAGAGCACCUGCAACAUACAGUCCAUGCGCUUGAGGGACAAAUCGACCAAGCAAUUCAGCAAAAAGACGAGGCAGACCCUUGUGUUGCCAACGUCGAGGAGUACAACAGAACUCUGUUGCUAGGCUUUGCGAACAAGCAUGCUCUGAACCCUCGUGAAAUUGAAGAGCUCAACAUCUGCAAGUCAAACGAGUGGAGAAACCUUCGCCAGGCUUUUGAGAUGUCUCAACACACAUGUGCUGAACUCGUCGCAGCGAACGAAGAAUUGGUCAAAGCAGCUGACGACCAGAAUGAACAGGAGUCGCAAUUUCGAGAGGACAGCGAUGUUCUAAAGAAGAAAAUGCAAGACUUUCUGCAAAAUUUUAGAUCGUAA